UAAAAAAAAAAAACACAAUUGAGGAGAGAGAAUCACCCACACAGCCCUUAUUAGUACUCAAGCCAAACAGUCUCGUCUCCGUGGAGAAGAAACUAGCGACCUCAUCAAAUCAAAUGGAGAAAUCCCCCAAGCCUAUUCGCUGCAAAGCGGCCGUGUGCAGAGCCUCCGGCGAACCCCUACUUAUCGAAGAGAUUGAGGUCGCCCCUCCCGGAGCCUUCGAAGUCCGCAUCAAGAUCAUCUGCACCUCCCUUUGCCACAGCGACAUCACCUUCUGGCGCAGACCGGUUUUCUCAAUCUACCUUCCGCGCAUCUUCGGCCACGAGGCUUUCGGAAUAAUUGAGAGCUUGGGUGAGGGGGUAAAGGGGUUGGAGGUGGGCGAUACGGUAGUGCCAACGUUUCUAACAAACUGUGGGGAGUGCAAGGUGUGCGAAUCGGAGAAUCUGGGCAAUUUCUGCACGACUGUGCCGUUCAGUGUGAUGCCGGGGAUGCCGAGGGAUCGCACCCUCCGGUUCACGGAUGCGGAUGGUCGGCCCGUGAACAACUUUCUGGGUGUCUCCAGUUUCAGCGAGUACACAGUGGUUGAUGUGUCUCAGGUGACCAAAGUUGAUGGUGGUAUUCCCCCGGAGAAAGCUUGUCUUCUCAGUUGUGGAGUGUCUACAGGAGUUGGAGCUGUUCGAAAGGUAGCUGCUGUGGAGGCAGGAUCCUCUGUGGUCAUAUUUGGGUUAGGUGCAGUGGGAUUUGCGGUUGCUGAAGGAGCAAGGUUCCAUGGAGCCUCCAAAAUAAUUGGGGUAGAUAUUAACCCUGAAAAGUUUGAGAUUGGAAAAAAGAUUGGGCUCACUCAUUUUGUUAACCCAAAAGAUACAGGGGAAAAAUCGACGGUUGAGAUAAUCAAGGAGAUAACUGAUGGAGGUGCUGAUUACUGCUUUGAGUGCAUUGGUUUGGCACCGUUGAUGAGUGAUGCUUUCAAUAGCUCCCGUGUGGGUUCUGGUAAAACUAUCAUUCUUGGAGUGGAAAUACAUGGAAACCCAAUAACGAUAGAUUCAGCUGAAAUCUUGUGUGGGAAAUGUAUUAUAGGUUCAAUGUUUGGUGGAAUCAAAGGGAAGAUUGACAUCCCAGUCCUAGCAAAACAGUACCUAAACAAGGAACUCCAUUUAGACGAGUUCAUAACCCAUCAGGUAAAUUUCAAGGAUAUAAACAAAGCAUUUGAUUUACUGCUUCAGGGGAAGAGCCUCAGAUGCAUGAUAUGGAUGGAUCAAUGA